CUGGCGGAACCCUGGUGGGGUAGAAAUGGCGCUUACCAUCUCUAUCCUCCAGCUGGCCGUCUGCAUCCUGGCAUUUCCCUUGUACCUGCUGAAUUUUUUGGGCUUGUGGAACAGGUUCUGCAAAAAAUUGUUCCCCUACUUCUUGGUGAGGUUCUCUGUGAUGUACAAUGAACGGAUGGCAAGCAAGAAGCAGGAGCUCUUCAGCAACCUGCAAGACUUUGUGGGCCCCUCUGGGAAGCUCUCUCUGCUGGAAGUGGGCUGUGGUACCGGAGCCAAUUUCAAGUUCUACCCACCCGGGAGCAGGGUGACCUGUAUUGACCCAAACCCGAACUUUGAGAAGUUCUUGAUCAAGAGCAUUGCUGAGAACCGACACCUGCAAUUUGAGCGUUUUGUGGUGGCUACUGGGGAGAACAUGCACCAGGUGGCCGAUGGCUCUAUGGAUGUGGUGAUCUGCACCCUGGUGCUGUGCUCUGUGCAGAACGAGGAGCAGAUUCUCCAAGAGGUGUUCAGAGUGCUGAGGCCGGGAGGGGCUUUUUAUUUCAUGGAGCAUGUGGCAGCUGAGCAUUCGACCUGGAGUUACUUCUGGCAACAGGUCCUGCAACCUGUCUGGUACCUUGUGUUUGAUGGCUGCAACCUGACCAGGGAGAGCUGGAAGGCCCUAGAGCGGGUCAGCUUCUCUAAGCUGAAACUGCAGCACAUACGGGCGCCAUUGUCCCUGGAGGUGGUGUGCCCUCACAUCUACGGAUAUGCCGUGAAAUAGCGUGUGCUGGCACUACAGAGCUGAAUGGCUCAAAUAAUUCAAGGCUUCAGUUUUACACCUAAAAUACUAAUUGGGAGAGGGGAAACCUUUGUUUUUAGGUAAAGUUGAAUUUCAUCCUUAGAAGUUUCUGUUAUAAACUAUUUAGCCACUUUCUAUUGUCUCCCAAGGAAUCGAAAACAAAACAGCUUUGAACUCUCUCUUGAAAGGAAAUGGUAGGCUUUCAUAAUUGAAGUCCGUCAUCACUCCCAAACCUAUUCAUUCAGUGAUGUGCAAACUUUUCCAAUUGUCUUAUUUAAAUUCUUACGCAACAGAUUUUCAUUUCAUCUCCCCUUUGAGAUCUCAGUGCUAAGAAGUAGUUAAAUCACUCAAGACUAUAAUUCACAUACUGAAUAAAGAAAUUCUACCUAAUUUUAAAACCCAAGUCUAAGUAGCACAGACUUCUUGAAAAAGAAAUCUUACCCUAUUCAUUAUUUUUAGUGUCACUGGUCUGGCUUUCAGAAUUAACAUACCAGGCUGACGCACGUAGUUCUGCCCAGCUUUGUUACACCUUUCUACUAUUCCACCAAUGCUUGUUUUCUUGCAUUCCAGUCCUCAAUUCUUAAGCUGAAGACUGUACUUGAUACUUUAGUAUAUCCAUAAAACUAUUUGAGGUAGUUAAGGUUCUUGGGUUCAUUUCCUUAUUAUUUGGCACAUACUUUGCAGGCAAGGAAAAAGGCCCACUGUAAUUAGGAAAACCUUGUAUAAUUAGGUACACUAUGUAAGAGCCCCUAAAAAGCAAGCAAUCUGUAAGUCUGUAAAGUAGUAAACAAGUAUUUUUUGUAUUAUUCUGAUCAAAUUCCACUCCUGUUCCAAGAUGAUUUCUUUGUUUUUGCAAUUAUGGAAACUGCGAAAAUCAUCACAAGUGCUUUGAAAACAAGUGCUAUUAGGUGAGUCAGUCAGAGGGUUUAAGAAUAGGAUUUUCAGCAGUAGUUAGAAUGUAUUUUAAUAAAUGUAGUAUAUUUUCCGAUAUGAUUUGCAAAAGUACUAUUUUAAAUAUCAAAUCAACCAAUAAAUCUACAUUCAUUUUAGAAAUAA